GCGUGCAACCAUGGGAACGGGCUGUGGGCCCGAGGACAAGCCACCCAUGGCAGAUUAGUUAAUGCCUGUGAGCAUACUACAGCAUCAACGCGAUUCGAAUUUGCCACAAAACCAAGACGAUCAGAAAUUCCGAUGAAGAAAUAUUAUUUUUGAGUACAAGUAUAAGCCUACUUUAUGCCCGGAUUUCAGAUCUCUUAAAAUGACUCUACUUCUCGGCAAUCCAAACUGUUUGGACAGUUUGCGUAAGGAUGUCACGGAGGUCCAGGGGACAAUCAUUGAUGUGUUCUCUCGGGUCGGCGCAGUGCGCUAUCCCUCAUGGAAGUUUCCGGAUAAAACUUCAUGCGAGCUGGAUCUCGUGUCUUUGAUGGAGUGUUACGAUUAUUUUGAGGAUGACCUCGAGUAUACUCAGCAUUCUCACAUCAUGCUGUUUGAGCUGGUGAUUGACAGGCUGGUGUUAUUGCUGCAGAGUAUCACUCACUAUGCUGACAUCCUUAUCACGGAGCAGAACAUCCCCAUCUCCAAGUCCAGGGGGCCAUGCAUGUCUGUUGGGCUGGUAGUGAAGAGAUAUUGGAACAGCAUGCUUCAGCUUGGGCAGCUUUACCAGCAGAAAAGGUUCUCAAAGGAAGACCGCUCCAAAGUGAGAAGCGAGCUGAUCGUUCCUGAGGCACAGAGCGACCACUUCACAAGAUGCCAGUUAGCUGUUCCCAAACAACCCUCAGCCUCCAUCGGUGUUACCAAAGGCUCCGCCAGCUCAAGAGGGGCUUCGGUAAAGUUCCCCGCCCCCGAUAUCGCCAAAGGCACCCGGAGCGUCGGGCUGCAAACCAUGGAAUCGUCCCUGGUGCCAUGUGACGCCUGCGCCCGCACCCAGGCCACCCUCAAGGAUGUGGGCAGCUCCAUCAUGGCUGUCUGUCACCAGCAGAACCUCCCCUCAUCCCUGGGCCGUUUCCGGGCGGUGGUGAGCGAAGCCCUGGGAGAGGGGACUCUGAGCGCCACCGACGUGGCCUACUGGGCCUGCGAGCAGAACAAGGACCUUGCACGCAUCAACAAACACCUGGCGGAGCUGACCGGGCGGGUGGAGCCACUCAAAGCCGAACUCCGGGUCUCGGCCGAGCAGCAGGGCCAGCUGCAGGAGCGGAUCAGGAGCCUGGAGAGAGAGUUGGAGAGGGAGAGGGGGCGGCAGGAGCUGAUGGAGAGAGAGUGUGAGUGCCGGGUGGAAGAGGUUAACAGCAGGAACGCCCGGACUGUGGCCACACUGGAAAGCGAGAAAGAGGAGCUGAGGAGAGGGAGCGCUGCACUGGAAGAGAGAGUGUCAAUCCUGAAGGAGGAACUGAAGGAGCAGCAUGCACUCAUCCGAGACCUUGAACUGGUGAAAGCAGCCUUGCUGGAGGAAGUGAGGACCCAGAAGACAGAUGAGAGCUUGGUGUUGAGCCUCGAGGAGCGAGUCAGAGAGCUAACCGCUCAGCUGGAGAGUGCCGGAAGUCAGCUCAACACUGUCGGCAGUGAACUGGACAAAGAGAGAGCAAAGAUCGACAGCCUUUUGAGGCACGAGGAGUCUCUGAAGGAGAAGCAGAACGCCCUGCUGGAGCACGUGGACCAGCUGGACAAGGAGUGCGAGAGUCUGAGGACGUCAUUGGCGGAGUCUGAGGAAGGAAUGGCUGAGUUACAGGAGCGGCUGGACACAGUCAGCGCAGAGAGAGACAAACAGCAGCAGGAGGUACUAGAACUGGUGCAAACAAAGCAGAUAAAUCAGGGGUCAGAAAAAGCCGUGGCUGAGCUAAUGAGGCGGGUGUCAGAGCUGGAGAGACAGACAGAGGAUCACAAAGAACAGCAGAGGCUCCUGGUCAUGUUUCCUGAACUGAACGUCCCAGCAGAAGCUCAGUGUGAGAGUACGGGCGACAUCACGCUGGACAUGGAGAAGCAGCUUGAAGCCAACGGCCUGCGGAUACGUGUGCUAGAGGAGGAGAACUCUCACCUGAGAACCACUCUCGCCAAGCUGCGGGAAUCUGCACAACAGGGAGCUUUAAAGCUUAUUCCUCAGACGCAGCUGUGGGCUGCCUCGGGGGUACCAGCGAACGGAUCAAAGUACGAGGGCAGGAAAGAACACAGCCCCCCUGUGGGCCCUAGGAGAGCCAUUGGAAGCCCGGACCUAGAGGCCAGUGCUGGAUUGGGCCAGCGACCCUGCAGCGAGAAAAAGGCGAGGAUCCCUUCAGCUGAUUGGAUCAGGAGGCCAGGAUCCAGCGUCUUCAUCAACCCACCAGAACCCUCUGCCAUCAGAGCCUACGCAAGAUUGAAAAGUGCUGGAACCUUACCCGUCAUCAGGACUGGAACGAAGAGCAAUUAUAGAAAAUUACAUUAGGUUAAAAAGAAAUGUAAAGUGUUUUACAGUAAUGCCGGGCUUCCUGGUCAGUCAAGUUGUCUCCUGAUUGUCCUGUUUUGAUCGCACUUAACCAGGUAGACAGCUCUACUGACCCCAGUCUCGAUCUUGAUGUGUUUACCAAACACAACAUGGAAACUACAAUAACUUGCAUUUAUAUAGUGCCCCUCACGCGGGUUAGUGUCCUUGAGCGCUUAAAACUGUUACCAAAGUUGAACCAAACUGAUUUUCUGUAUGUUUCACUCUCCGUUUUGCAUGUUGAAAGCAUUUAACCCUUUGAGUGGUAGAAAAUAGCAGUCAAGGGAUGUCUUUUGUUUGAGCUGAUCGAGGUUUGGAAGUGUUAAGACAGCAUCAAUACAUAUCGUCUUAUUUUAAAACAUUACCUGCAGCGAGCAGUUGAGGCUUGCUGUCUGGCAAAGAAUGAGAGUCACAUGUGAGCAUACUAGCACUCGCUACUGUAGCUUGCGAUUCCCAGAUUGUCAUCGAUCUCAGUUGAGCUGUCAAAGGCCAGAUGCUCUCUCACACACGCGCUUUCUCACACGCGCAUUCUCACUCACGCGCGCAUUCUCACACACAUAGUGAGUGAGCCUUGCACUGGCAGGUCGCAGUAGAGCUGUGACGUUAGCAGGACAUCUGCACCAGAAAUGGGGCGCCAAGUCCACAGAACAGAAUUUUUUGUUUUUACAUGAUCACAAGAAUUGACUUUCCCUCAAUUUUCUAUUCAGAGUGAAUAAAUGUAUUU